AUGGUGUCCCGGACUCGAGGCGCCCACGUGCUGGUCUGGGAGCAGCCCGGCCUGGAAGACCAGCGCCCGAAGGCGUACAGCGGCGGCCUCGGCACCCGGCACUGGGUGACGUUCAUGCUGUUCCUGGGAAUGGCGAACGCGUACAUCAUGAGGACCAACAUGUCCGUGGCGAUCGUCGCCAUGGUAAACCACACGGCUCUGCCCGUGGACAAGGAAGCGAUCGACACGGAGUGUGGGAAUGUCGACCCUAACAAGACCAGCGUGGCUUCAACGCAAGACGGCUCGUUCGUUUGGAGCUCAACCCUGCAGGGCUACAUCCUUUCGUCCUUUUUCUACGGUUACGUCCUCACGCAAAUUCCAUUCGGUAUUCUGUCUAAAAGAUUUGGAGCCCGGCUGUUCCUCGGCGUGGGCAUGUUGAUAAACUCGGUCUUCGGACUCCUAGUGCCAGUGGCCGCCGAGGCUGGAGUCGGCUGGCUCAUAUUGGUGCGCUUCAUUCAGGGCCUGGGCGAGGGACCAAUUGUGCCAUGCUCGCACGCUAUGUUGGCAAAAUGGAUUCCGCCUAACGAGAGAAGUCGGAUGGGAGCAGCUGUAUAUGCCGGCGCGCAGUUCGGCACGGUGAUCUCGAUGCCCCUCUCGGGGCUGCUCUCCGCGUACGGCUUCGCCGGCGGCUGGCCCUCCAUCUUCUACGUGUUCGGUCUCAUCGGCACCGUGUGGUGCGUCGCCUUUCUGCUGCUGGUCUCCGAGGACCCCGAGGUGUGCCCCCGCAUCAAGGAGGCCGAGAAGAAGUACAUCCUCAGCUCGCUCUGGGGCGCCGCCGGUUCCAGCUCGCCUCCUAUUCCUUGGAGCAAGAUCCUGACCUCGAUGCCCUUCUGGGCCAUCAUGUUGGCCCACAUGGGCCAGAACUACGGGUACGAGACUUUGAUGACCGAGCUGCCGACCUUCAUGCGCCAAGUUCUCCACUUCUCCAUCAAGGACAACGGAUUCGUCUCCGCCCUGCCCUACCUCUGCAUGUGGCUGUUCUCCAUGUUCAUAUCGGUGGUGGCGGACUGGAUGCUGUCCAGCGGCCGCUUCAACCACACCCAGGUGCGGAAGAUCAUCAACAGCAUCGGCGAAUACGGGCCUGCCAUUGGCCUGUUCAUCGCGGCCAACACCGGCUGCGACCCCGCCGCGACGGUCGCCAUCUUGGCUGUCGGCGUCGGCCUCAACGGUGGUAUCUACUCGGGUUUCAAGGUGAAUCACUUGGACAUAUCGCCCCGUUUCGCUGGUAUACUGAUGGCGUUCACCAACUGCCUCGCCAACCUGACAGGACUGCUCGCGCCCAUCGUUGCCGGCUACAUCAUCGAGGGAAGGCCAACGCAGGCGCAAUGGAGGAUAGUGUUCUACAUAGCGGGCGGCGUGUACAUAUUCUGCGCGUCGUUCUACAACAUCUUCGGCUCCGGCCGCAGACAGGAGUGGGACAACCCCGCGGAGGACGAGGCGCUGGCGAAGAAGGCCGCCGCGAAGAAGGUGGAGAAGAUGGAGAAGAAGGCGGCGAAGAACCCCAACGUGGCAGAGACCGCCCAC